UGGGAGCGUCAUUGGUUGUAGCCGCUAGUCAUGCACACGGACGCACAUCUGUGAACCAACACGCAGUCCACUGAUUGGUCUCGGCGCGAUGAAAUCCUACGCUGCGCUGAAUCCUUGUAAUAUGAUAACCAAACCGAUCCAUGUCAGUUCGCUUUCUUAGCAAUGCCGAAGGUGCAUGCACCGCUGUCCACGGUUGAUCUGCAAACGAAGUCUCGUGACGUGCCAGUAGAUCAGCGCGUAAUGCUUCUACGACUCUAUUUUGAGUGUCAUUCCAACGCCGCAGCAACGGCACGACUCUACAACAAUACGCACUGCACAUUGAGGCCGGUUAACCCGCAGUACGUACUCCAACUUGUGAAGAAAUUUAACAAAACUGGGAGCGUGUGCAACGCCAAACGAACUGGGCGGCCUCGUACUACCACGGAUGAGAUUUCCGCUGGUGUUGUUGUCGAAGAGGUUCGUCAAAAUAGUCAUCUCAGCAUUCAGAGGAUCGCCCAACACUGUGCCACUACACCAUAUGCUGUGCACCGGAUAUUGAAGGAAAGGGAAUUCCGAAGGUAUGGUGCAUUGCAGGUGCAAGUGUUAAAACCAGACGAUUCGGUGAAUCGUCUUACAUUCGCUCGCUUGUACUUGAAUACCUUGGACGUGCAUUCCAUCAUGUUUACCGAUGAGGCCAUUUUCCGUCUGCAUGGUACACAAAAGCGGCAUGUUUGGGCCACCAAUAACCCACGGCAAUGCAUCGCCUCACGUGUGCAACAUGGCACACAGGUCAUGGCCUGGGCUGGACUAACAAGUCGAACAAUCAUCGGACCUUUCUUCUUUUCUCAAAAUGUGACGGCCUCUUCAUACAAAGAAAUGUUGCAGACGUGGGUGAUUCCGCGGUUGCAUGCGGAAGGACUGUUGAGUACGGUUUGGUGGCAGCAGGAUGGUGCACCGGCCCAUUCAGCACGAACCGUGAGUCAGUUCCUGGACGACACAUUCGGUCAUCGAUGGAUUGGUCGGGGAGGACCACUGGAGUGGCCGGCACGUUCACCGGAUAUGAAUCCCCUUGAUUUCUUCCUUUGGGGAUACCUGAAACGAAGAGUUUAUAAAGUGAAACCCACGUGUGUGGAAGAACUGAAG